CGGAGUGAAAACAUUGAUGUUACACUGACUCUCUGUGAGGUGAUGGUGAGUUUAACAUAUGUAACAUGCUGUUGAAAUGAAUGCGCUUGUUGUUGUUACACUGAAGUGUCUUUGUAUCCAGCUGCUGCUUUCUGCCACAGUCAUGCUGUUGGAAAUGCUGCAGGAUAAUUGCGGUGAAUGCAUCUGCUGAAAAGUGUUAAUGAUGCUUCAACAGAGGGAUGAUGAGAAACUUCACACAGGUUUCAUAUUUCACCCUCGGUGCCUACUACGAAACUGAACUCUUUAAAUACUUGUACUUCCUGAUUGUUCUGGCUCUUUAUGUUGCAAUCGUCAGUGCUAACGUGUUUCUCAUUGUGAUUAUCUGCAUGAACAGAAGCCUCCAUGAGCCCAUGUACCUGUUUCUGGUCAGCCUGUUUGCUAAUGAACUGUAUGGUAGUACAGGGUUGUUUCCAUUCCUGCUGGUUCAGAUCCUCUCUGAUGUUCACACUGUUUCUUAUUCGAUCUGUUUACUGCAGGUUUUCUGUCUGUAUUCAUAUGGAGGUAUAGAAUUUUUGACUUUAGCCAUCAUGUCCUAUGACAGAUAUCUCGCCAUCUGUAAUCCUCUGCAAUAUAACACACGUAUGACCUUUAAUAAGAUCGUCAUGCUCACUGCUCUGAUAUGGAUCUACCCUUUGUUUAUCAAUGCUGUUAUAACCUACGGUCUGACUGGCAGUUUGCAGCUGUGUGGGAACAUCAUCAACAAAGUGUACUGUGACAACUAUUAUAUUGUGAAACUGGGCUGUUCUGACAUCACGGUCAAUAACGUGUUUGGACUGGUUCACAUGUUCACGGUCAUCUUUGGUCUGGUCAUGUUAAUCCUUUACACCUACAUGAGGAUCCUUAAGGUGUGUUUUUCUGGCAGUAAACAGACCAGACAGAAAGCCUUCAGCACCUGCACGCCUCACCUGGCUUCUCUGCUCAACUUCGCCUGUGGGGCUUUCUUUGAGAUCGUGCAGGGCAGGUUUAAUAUGACCAGUUUACCCAACUUGUUGCGUAUUGUCCUGUCCCUCUACUGGCUCACAUGUCAGCCACUCAUCAGCCCCUUAAUGUACGGCCUGAAACUGUCCAAAAUACGCAUUGUAUGUAAAACUCUGCUCUUUGGGAGGAAAAUGUGACUGCAGAUGUUAUCCGAUGUGUCCUUAUUAGAUGUAAUGUGACAAUGUGUAACUGCAGCAUUAAUGUAUUUUAAUAAAACAUAGAACCAAGUGUUAA